AUGAGAAUACCAGUUAGAAAAAACGUGUUCAUUGCAUUCAUUCUUGGACUAAUAGUAGCAGGCCUACUUGGAUUUACCAGAAUUUCACUAAACAAUGAUAAACUGUUGCAUUUCUUGAUAUUUUUUCUUCUCACUACUCUAUUCUAUUGGAGCUUUGAGAUCAAGUCAAUACGAGUCUUGCGUUUCCUAACAAUAAUAUGUUGCAUCAUUCUGGGAGGAGUUGCCAGUGAGUUCUUACAAGGGUUUCUCGCGUACAGAGAGUUCGACUGGAGGGAUAUUAUUUGCAACGUUGGCGGAUCUACAGCUGCUUUGGCAAUUAAUGACAUGUACAUGAGACUCAGAAACAAAAAACAGAGACAAUUAAGAUAUAAGAGAAUCAAGAACAAGUUCAAAUCGUUACAUAAUCUCGAGAGUCAAUUGGACGAUAAUAUAGUUUAA